GGACAUUUGACAUUUAGGCGGUUAUUUGUGGAAAACUAAUGACCUUGUUUAGCAGGAGAUGUGUUUUCAAUCUUUCUCCCUUAGUUGAGGUUUCGGCUGCACAGCUGCAUUUGGGACACCACAAUUCAAAAUAUAAACUAGUUGUUGAUCCUCAUAAAGAAGAUACUAUUAAAAGUGGUUUUGAGAAUGUGACGAGAUGGCUAAUAGCAGCAGAUAUAUUGAGAGGUCUACGGCUAACCCUUGGUAUGGUGUUUAAGGAGCCUGCAACUUUAAACUACCCUUUCGAGAAGGGUCCUCUCAGUCCAAGAUUUCGUGGUGAGCAUGCUUUACGUAGGUACCCUAGUGGUGAAGAACGGUGUAUCGCUUGCAAACUUUGCGAAGCUAUAUGUCCAGCUCAAGCAAUCACUAUUGAGGCUGAGCCAAGAGCUGAUGGGAGUAGAAGGACGACUAGAUAUGAUAUUGAUAUGACCAAGUGCAUUUAUUGCGGAUUUUGCCAAGAAGCGUGUCCAGUAGACGCCAUCGUAGAGGGACCGAACUUCGAAUAUUCUACUGAAACACAUGAAGAAUUAUUGUAUAAUAAAGAAAAAUUGCUUCAAAAUGGUGAUAGAUGGGAAGUCGAAAUCUCAGAAAACCUAAAAGCAGAUUAUGUGUAUCGAUGAAGUAUCAUCUAGUUCAUUUGGUUUGUAAAUGAUUUAAUUCACAGGAUCUGUGCACUACUAAUUUCAUAUUUAAACAACCAAUAUCAACUUUUCUCAUAUGUUAGAUUGUUAACGAAUUCAAGACAGCUGGUUAUUCCUAGUUAUCACAUCUCAAUAACAGAUAGAAAGUGAAAAUCUGUAAAGAAAUCAACCAAAGUAAACAUAUUUGCUUCUUUCGUUUUUUUUUUUGACAAAUGACAUAUGCCUAGUAUGCGUGACUGUCGAGCUGUCUUCAUCAUUCUAAAAUUUAUUAUUACUGUGUAAAGCUUGUGUACAUUAAAAACUAAAAGGAGAGAUUUAAACGUGAAAAAAUUUAAUUAUAAUCAAAAAAAUUUUCAAUCAAAUCAAAGAAAAAAGAGAAUAGAGGAUAAAUACAUAAAAUAUUCAACUGAAGUAUAACAUUUAGCGCAAAAUUGACUGUUGGUUAAUAAUUUAAUUUACACGCGAAUGUAUAUGUAUGUAUUUAUAAUCAGAUAAUUAUUUAGAGAUUAAAUUGAAGACAACAGAGUAAAAGCAGGAAAUUUAACGAGUACUAAACAACUCUAUCAGUAUACUUAUUUUUUGUUUGAAGAACUGUUUAGCAU